CCGCGGGAGCUGCUUUAGCGGCGGGACACACCGGGGACGGGAGGGGACGGGACGAGGAUGCGGGGGCUGGUGGCGCUGCUGGCGGCGCUGAGCUGCGCGGCCCCGGGCGGGCGGGCGGCGGCGCCCGGCGGUGCCCUCAGCUCCAACGCCAUCAAGGGACCCCCCCUGGGGGGGGCGGCCGAGGCCAGCGCCGCUCCCGCCUCGCCCUUCGACGGCAGCAACAAGCCGCCGCCGGCUGCCACCCGGCAGCCUUUCCCCUGCGCCGAGGACGAGGACUGCGGCCCCGAGGAGUUUUGCGGGGGGGCGGCCCGCGGGGGGGGCGCCCCGCUUUGCCUCGCCUGCCGGAGACGCCGCAAGCGCUGCCUGCGCGACGCCAUGUGCUGCCCCGGCACCACCUGCAGCAACGGGCUCUGCACCCCCCCGGAGCCUCCCCACGGGGCCGCCGAGCUGGAUGAGAUCGGCACUGAGGCUCUGCCCCGACGGACGCCGGCUCCUGCCUGGCUCCCCCCUGCCAAAGGUGAGGAGGGGGACUUCUGCCUGCGCUCGUCGGACUGCGUGGCUGGGCUGUGCUGUGCCCGUCACUUCUGGUCCAAAAUCUGCAAGCCAGUGCUGCGGGAAGGGCAGGUGUGUACCCGGCACCGGCGAAAAGGCACCCACAGCCUGGAGAUCUUCCAGCGGUGCCAGUGCGCCGAGGGGCUGGCGUGCCGCCUGCAGCGAGAGCACGGCCCGGCUGAUGCCUCCCGCCUGCACACCUGCCAGCGGCACUGAGCAUCGCUGGAUGGACGGGACGGGACAGACUCCGGCCCCGCCGGAACAAAAGCUUGUUUCUCAAAGGAACUACUUCUAAGCGACUAAUUGCAGUAUGUUACUGUGUUGUGAAUACUCGAGCUGGCACUUAGCUGUACAUAACGCCGGGACUUUUAAUGACUUUUUUUUUUUUUCUUUUUCCUGAGGGUGCUGCCUUGCGCUCUUCCAAGCCGUGACUGUGACUUUGUACACACUGGGUUUUUAAAUCUAGGUCAAAGGAAUGCGACCAUAUGUUUGUGAGCGAAUAAACCGUUCAUUAAAAUCGGUCAGAGCUGCCUGCACGUCCCUGCCUGUGUGUGGCCACCGUGGUCCCUUCCCCAGCCCACGGGAGUGGAGAUGUGCCCUGGAGCGGGAAUGCCCAUAGAGGGGGGGGGAGGGGGGGAGUGAGCCAGCUCAUUGCCGGCUCCCCAUGGGAAAGGCUGUUUGGGUUAUUGCUAUUUAUUCAGCUGCUUUUUAGGAAUUCUGGUGUGCCACUGCAGCCACCAAUACUCUCAGGCCACCAGAUGCUGGGCCAAGGAUGGGCACUACGGCCGGGGCUCCAGGAAGGGCAGGCAGCAGCAAAACACCCUCCUGCACAAUUUUGUCAUGGGGUAAGGAGGGAAGCAAAGGAUCAGUGGCGGGGCUGUGCUGGACUGCAGUGUGUGGCUGACCACGGGAUGGGUGCUGAGGAGCACAGUGAUCUCAACCGCUCCAUCAGCGCAACGUUUGCUCUGUCUACAAUAAAGACUCAUUUUUCAAUUCA